GAGUUCUGUAUCAUUCCGAGGGACCGUGGACCGUGCAAGGGCUUCAUUGAACGAUGGUACUUCGACGUGCAGAUGCUGAAAUGUUUGCCAUUCACAUACGGUGGAUGUGCUGGAAACGCCAACAACUUCGAAUCCAAUGAAGAAUGUAUAGAAGUGUGU